AUGGUUUCUGGGCAAACAUUAUCAUUAUCGUCUUUUGAUCUGCAAUUCAGAGGAAGAAACAGAUUAAUUCAGGUGAAGACGAAGAAGAAUACGGUUCGAAUUUCUUGUUGUUCUUCUGAUCAUUCUCAUUCUGAUGUAACCAUGGAUCCUUAUGAGGUUUUAGGAAUUCGACCCGGUUCCUCUAAGUCUCGGGUCAAGAGGGCUUUUAGAAAGCUUGCAAAGAAGUACCAUCCGGAUGUUUGCAAAGGGAAGAAUUCCAGUGUGCAAUUUGAAGAAAUCAACGCAGCCUACGAGGUAGUAAUGUCGUAUUUGAGAGGGGAAUCAUCAAGUGCAUAUGGAAGAUACUAUGAUGAAGACUAUAAUAAUGAAGGUUAUAGUAAUGAGCAUAAGAAGGGCAGGACUGACCAACGUUGGGAUUAUGGUGAUGAAUGGAUUGGUUGGGAGGUUGGCAAUUGGAUUUUCUAUCAACAACAUCAACAAGAAGAAACUACUGAAGAUUUGACUUCUUUUGAGGAGACUGAUCAAGAAAGUCGUCAACUUAGUAACAAGUCAUGUUAUUCACAAGUUACCGACAAUGCAUCCGAUGAUAAUACAUUAGAAAAUGUAUCUAAUUGA